AUGAGCACGCUGUGCUCCGGGCGACGCAGUCGUCCCGUCUCUCUCUGUGUACUUCGAUGCUCCUUUCGCUUAGCUACCUACAGUCUGCUUGCUUAUGUAGUGUCACCGCGUUGCUCGCUACCCGCUAGUGUUGCUCACAUCUCUAACCGUUACUGACAGUACUUGCUUGCUGAACUAAAAGCUAACGGUCGCUUAA